UCCCCAUGUCUGUCUGUGCUGUCUCCCAGGGUUUAAAGAAGCUGUACUCUGACUACGCUCGACACCACUUUGGAAACGAGAGGGUGUUCAGACUGGCCCUCUACUCAAUGUUGAAGAAAAAGACCCCAGAUGGAUACUACCACCGAGGUCAGUUUCGGUGUCAAGAGGGGUCCGGAGCCUAACGAUGAGGAGCUUGUGAGCCUGAGUAAGAGGCUGGUGGAAGACGCCGUGCUGCUGGCCGUGCAGCAGUUCAUGGACGAGACUCAACACAACGGGGCCGCGUCAUCCGACCCGGCGCGGCCCUCAGACAACCUCAACACUAACGCUGUCAAAACAACCGACACCUGUGCCAGCAGCAAGUGACCCCAGCCAAUUCCCCCAGGCAGCACUGGACACUAACCAGUCAGGCAGGAACUCAGGCAGUCAGCCAGCCAGCCAACCGGCCCAGGAGCCAAUGGGCAGUACUGUUACUGGAUCAAGCCCAGUUGAGGUGUUUUACUAGAGAAGGAAGAAAGGUUUUGGGGGCAAAACUCUGGAUUGAGUGUGGACUCCAUAUGCAGUUUUUUGUGUUCUUGAUUUUAUGUACCUGAUUGUCACCAAUGCUCAAGGCAGCCUCGCGCCACACAAUCUCUCCUGUCAUGUCUGUCAGUCCAUCUGUCUAGUGUGGACCUUUGUUCAUUCUUGAUUUAUCUAUGCCCUGAGAAAAAUAGUUGGCCUUCUGAAGGAAAUUUCUGUUCUGAUUAAUUUGCUACGUGAGGUGUGGGUCGUUCCAACGCUCAGAGUGGAGCUGACAUGUCACCACACACACUACAGACUGAUCUUGGUUAGGUUAGGCUGUACCUCGGCCCUCCACAAGGUGCAGUCAGUACAAAGACAUUCACCGUCUUUCUACUAAGCUAAAACAAAACAGCACUACAAAAGGAACUGCAACUCAAAAACCUGAGACCAGGGAAAAUGAGCUCAUCUAUGCAGUUGGAGAAUAUGCUGUGACCUAUGUUUACAUGAUCCUGUCUCAUCUGUGCUGUAUGUGGCUAAAACUUGAAAAGGUAAAUGAAGAGUGGGUCCCAUGUGCUACCUGUGGUAAAAUAUGAAUUUUAAAAUAUGACAAAAAGGUUGACCUACCAGCAAUGAGGAUCAUGUUAGGUUCGUGUUUGUUUGUUUGUCCCCUGUAGGAGGGGCUGGUGAUGCAGCAGGCCUGGUUAGGAAGGCCCAGUGCACACACAACCAGUCUCUGUCUCAGAAACUACAGGACAUAAAGGAGCAUCUAUCCCAGCUGGCUGUCCGAGCUAGCAUCCGCCGGGAGAUCUCUGGCACCUGACUGACUGAACACUCCCAGCUCCCACCAGCAGUGCGGAGACAGCACCAAGGAACUACAGAUACUGUAGUAGGCUAGUGUCCUACACACAGUAGAUAGAUACAGUGUGUUCGGAAAGUAUUCAGACCCCUUGACUUUUUCCAUAUUUUGUUAAG